CACCCCAUAAUUCGCUUAGGAAACGGUGAAGACGAACUUCAGAGUUCAGACUCAUCGACACCACAGAACUUGAAAAAUCUCAAAGUCCAGGAGCUUGUGGGUUUUCACACAAUCACUCUACCAUUGCAGUUGAAUGCUCUCCAAGACUAAACAUGGACACUCAAAUCUCUUCAAACUCUUCUUCUCCGCUCUUCCCUUUUCUUCUAAGCCUCUUUCGUCCAAAACCCCUACCCUAAUCCGCAAAGCUACUGGGCCUGCCUUGGCGCCCUCGCCCUCAAACGCCUUGGUUAUUUCACCAACAGAUGUAAGAGCAGUCUCUUCUGAUGCCGAUUCAAUCUGUUUAUUGCUUUCCAACACAAGCACUGAAAAAUGCAGCAUUGGUGAGCUCUUGACUGAUUUUAAGCAUAGGAUUAACUCUGAUGUGGUUUUGCGAGUGUUGAUGAAUUAUAGGCAGUUGGGUAGGGUUAAGACACUCGAAUUCUUUUCCUGGGCUGGGAUGCAACUGGGUUUUGGGUUUGAUGACCAAGUAGUGGAUUACAUGGCUGAUUUUCUUGGCAGGAGGAAGCUUUUUGAUGAUUUGAAGUGUCUUUUGAUAUCUUUGUCUUCAAAUAAUGGACGGGUUUCGAGUAGGGCUGUUUCGAUUUGCAUUAGGUUUUUGGGGAGGCAGGGGAGGGUGGAAGAAGCCCUUUGUUUGUUUAGGGAAAUGGAAUCUAAGUUGAAUUGUAAACCUGAUAAUCUUGUGUUCAAUAACAUUUUAUAUGUGCUAUGCAAGAAAGAAAGUUCUGGGUGUUUCUUGGAUGUUGCUAUGAUGAUUUUUAGGAGUAUUGAGUCUCCGGAUAUGUACUCCUAUAGCAAUGUCCUUGUUGCUCUGUGUAAAUUUGGCCAAUUAGAGACUGCCCUUGGACUCUUUCAUGAAAUGUGCCGAACUCAGCUCGCUCCUACUCGCACAGCAGUUAACGCUCUUAUUGGCGAGUUUUGUUCAUUGAGUUCCAAGGAGGGGGCUAUUCAAAAAGUUAAAGUCAAGGACAAUCGUAGACCGGUUACUAUUUUGGUGCCUAAUGUGUGUAGACAUAACGGCGCAAUAGAUCCUGCAAUUAAAGUUUUUUGGAGUGUUCAUGAUUUGGGUGUAUUGCCAAGUGUAUUUGUGAUUAAUAAGCUUGUAUCGGAGGCUUGCCGACAUGGGAGAAUGAAAGAAGCUCUCGACAUGUUGAAGGUUAUUGAAGAAAGGAGAUUGGGAUGUCUUGAAGGAUGCUACACAAUUGUGGUGAAGGGUCUAUGUGAGCACCGUUUGGUGGAUGAAAUUAGCCAAUUGUUUGGAAAGAUGCUCUCUAGUGGCUUGAAGCCAAAGCUAGAAGUCUAUAAUUCUAUAAUUUCUAUGCUAUGCAAGUUGGGUAGAUUAAGUGAUGCUGAAAGAGUGUUUAAAAUUAUGGACAAGAAUAGGUGCCUUCCGGAUAGUAUAACCUAUACGAUGCUUAUACACAGCUAUGGUGAAGCUCAGAAUUGGGAAGCAUCUUACAGUCUAUUAAUGGAAAUGCUGAGAAUGGGUAUAUGUCCGCAUUUUCACACAUAUAGCCUAGUGGAUAAAUUGUUAAAAGAAAACGAGCGUGUGGAUUUAUCUAAAAAGUUGGAAGAAAGGAUGGAGAUGCAGAUUCUGCAAAAGCUUUGUAAAGACGGAGAAUUAGAAGCUGCCUACACAAAACUUAAUUCAAUGAUUGAAAAAGGAAUUCAUCUGCCAGUAUAUGUAAAGGAUGCAUUCGAGUCUGCUUUUCAAAAAUCUGGCAAGUUGGCAAUUGCUCGUAAAUUGUUGGAGAGGAUGGAGAUGAAUUAACAAAUGCGAAAGGAAAUAAAUUGAACGAGAAGCUCGUUAUAAAUAUAUUGAACAAGAUAUUUGAAUAUUUUAAUGGUAUCCUAGACCGUCUCAAAGUUGAUGAUGUGCAUGAAAUUUGAGAACUAAACAGGGAAACGUAAAAAAAAAAAAAAACAGUUCCUGUUUAUUGUUGGACUCAAAGGGAAUUAGAUUUCACUCGGAGUUCUUUGGACUGGAAGUUUGAACUUAGGAAGGGGUUUCCAUCAGUUUCAUGCUAUUGCCACCAACAAGCCAACAUCAAUAGCCAGAUCAUUUUGAAUUUCAAUAGCGGGAUUUCUUUAGUGUUCUGGUUCAUCCAAUGGAGGACUUUCCAGGAUUAAGAUUUCAAUAUUUUCUAGUAGUGUUCCCUGAAAACUUCUAAGCUGUUGCCAUGGAGACAUCAUGAAGUGGAAGAUUGAUGGAUGCCUCUUGACCUUGUAACAAGGAGAUUUUAGUGUUUAGGGGCAAUCCUGGCCAAGUUGGUUAGGCUGUUGACUUGGUAACCACAUGGUUACUGGUUACAAGUCGAGAGUGGCCUAUUGGCCUUCGUGGUUUGAGCCAAUCAAGGGUUUACUCAUUGCACAUUCUCAGAUAGUGGCUACAGGAAAGGCUGGCAGACAAGCAUGCUCAGAAAGAAAAUAAAACCAGGUACGAACAGAAAAGGAUUGGAAGAUAAACAGUGCUCUGAUAGGCCACUCGCUAUACCAACGCAACCAAUGAUAUGAUAUGCCACACACAUAAUAGCAACCAAUGAUAUAAUAUGCCACACACUGCAAAGAUCUGAAACUUGGUGCUUCCAUUAAAAUGUUUGGUGCUUCAAUUUUCCUGCAAUGUAACAAGAACAAAUGACUUUUAUCAUAUGAAAAAUCAUUUUGGUCCUCUUAGUACACAUCUUUCUAGUAUUUAGUGGAAUCAUUUGUGUAAUUACUUUGUAAUUGACAUGUCUUAUAGAUGCCUAUGCUUUGCAUUCUGGAAGAAUGAAUUGGGACUAGGGAAUUGGAUUUGAAAUA